UUAUAAAUUGGUCUUCAAAUAUGGUCAGAUUUUCGUCAAAGUUACAAUUAUAAACACAAUCUGUAUUAACUAAUAACACAUAAAUCAUUGCCAUGUUUUUUUCAAUAUAGAAAACAUCAUACAAACAUUCACAGUGAUGGAAACUGUGUGAAGCUCUCCACUCUAGACAUGAACAGAAGCUAAUACUGGAGUCAGUCAGUGAAGACAGAUCAGAGAUGUGCGUUAGAUACACUUUGACUUAUAAACACUCAACCAUUUAGAAAACAUCAGCUGAUGUGAAAGAGGCCUCAGAGCAAAGAUCUCAGAAGACCACAGGUCAAUAAUUGUUUAUUUAUUUUUAAGAGUUAUAGAAAGCUUGGGUCCAAGUCUGUGUCCACCUCAUAGUGUUGUGGAGUUAGGGUUCUGGGUAACACAGGGUAAACAGAAGUCGACACAACAUCGGCCCUAAUAAUUUGCACCUUUGUAGACGUUGCAUUCACUGUGGCUGCAACCGCUUUAAUUACGUUACCAAACACGUGUCUCGUUCAGUCGGCCACUUAGGGAGGAACAUUAACAUUUGUUAUACUGUAUUAUUACAAACACAAACGGCAUCUGGUCCUCGGUGUCAGCACACUGAUUAGACUGAAUAGAGGACGCUGGAUUUGAAUAUCCCGCCCAUCCAGGCGGCUUCUCUGAGCUGCGCCGAGGCGGGGAUACAGCGCUGUCUUUCCUACAGCUCAGUCAGUCGUGUGUCGGGAAGCUCCGGUCCGCGAAAAGCCAAGUCUCACCGGAACAGCUUUGAAAAACAACUUUGAUUUACCACGAAGCAUUUUCUUUUUCCCGCCGAGAAUCGACGCCGUUUCUCUGAGUCGAGAAUUCAAUCCAGUUUCCCAGUUUUUCACUGGAGAUGUAUUGCUUGAACAAGUAGGAGCGGACAGAGCUGCACACGAAGCCGGGAUGAGUGGCAGCUCCGCGGUGUCCGGCGCGGCGCCCUGUCGCUUCGCCCACUAUUUUGUUAUUUGUGGGAUAGACACAGAAACUGGACUGGAACCGGACGAGUUAGCAGCUUUGUACCAGUGGCUAGAAGCAGACCGGCAGGGCAGGGAUCCAGAUACUGCAGCCACAGGUGAAAACUUUGAACAAAGUCCACUGAAGAGGACAUUCAAGUCCAAAGUUCUGGCGCGCUACCCUGAGAACGUGGAGUGGAACCCCUUCGACCAGGAUGCUGUCAACAUGCUGUGUAUGCCUAAAGGCCUGUCGUUCCGGACGCAGGCGGACCAGCGUCACCCUCGCUUUCACUCCUUCAUCAUCACCAAGGAGGAUGGCUCUCGUACUUAUGGCUUUGUCCACACUUUUUACGAGGAGGUGACCAGCCCACAGAUUUGUUCUGCCAUGCAGACCCUCUACCAGAUGCACAAUGCAGAGCACGCCUCCUCCAACCCCCCUUCCUCCUCCUCCUCCUCCUCCUCCUCCUCCAGCAUGGACUCUCUGGCCAGCAGUUUAGACGAGGCUGACUCCCCCACCUCCUCAUCUGCCUCGUCUUCAUCUCGUGCGGCGGGGGGGUAUGACUCAUCGCGUGACACCCUCUAUGUGUCCAAAGCUUUGUGUCUGAUAACCCCCAUGCCGUUCAUGCAUGCCUGCCGCCACUUCCUGUCGCAGCUGCACAGGGCUGUUACAGUAGCCACUGCCCCCCCGUUGCCACUAGAGAGCUACAUUCACAACAUCCUGUAUGAGGUGCCCCUACCCGCCCCAGGCCGCACACUCAAGUUCCACGGUGUCUACGAGCCCAUCCUGUGCCAGAGGCCUGGGCUGGGGGAGCUGCCGCUGGCUGACUUCCCCCUGGCUGAGUCCUUCAAUCUGCUGGGAGUGGAAAACCUGGUCCAGGUGUUCACCUGCACCCUGUUGGAGAUGCAGAUCCUCCUGUACUCACAGGACUACCAGCGGUUGAUGACAGUGGCAGAGGGCAUCACCACCCUGCUGUUUCCCUUUCAGUGGCAGCAUGUCUACGUUCCCAUCCUGCCAGCCUCCCUCCUCCACUUCCUGGAUGCUCCUGUUCCCUACCUCAUGGGCCUGCAAUCCAAGGAGGGCACUGACCGCUCCAAGCUAGAGCUUCCUCAGGAGGCCAACCUGUGUUUUGUGGACAUUGACAACCACUACAUCGAGCUUCCAGAGGACUUUCCCCAGUUCCCCAACAAGACCGAGUUCAUCCAGGAGCUCAGUGAGGUACUGCUGACUUUUGGCAUCGCAGCCAACACAGGGGCCCCACCGCGGACUCGCAGCAGUCCCGGCAGCAACCCCUCCACACCGAGCAGGGAGCGUAAAGCCAUGGCCCUUCAGCAGCUGGAGGAUGACGGGCAUAACGGCAACCUGGCAGGGGAGGAGCUCGCUGUGCUGGAGCUGUUGCAGGGAAACGCCACCCUGGAGAGGCUGCAGGCGCUGACCAAACGCACUGGCGUGACAGUGGCCCGUGUUGAUGCCCUGAGGGCUGGAGUCAAAGCUCAGGUGACUGACAAGCAAGGGGGCCGAACAGCAGCUGAAGAGGAGGAGCUAAGGAAUGCCAAGUUGAAUGUCCAGCUUAGGGAGGUGUUCGCCAGCCGCUUCACCACCAUGUUUGCUGACUAUGAAGCCUUUGUGAUCCAGAGCGCCCCGGACCUGGAGUCCUGGCUCACCAACAGGGAGCAGAUGCACAACUUCGACAAGGCCUCCUUCCUGUCAGACCAGCCGGAGCCCUACCUGCCCUUCCUCUCACACUUCAUUGAGACGCAGAUGUUCGCCACCUUCAUUGAUAACAAAAUCAUGUCCCAGUGGGAGGAGAAGGAGCCGCUGCUCCGUGUCUUUGAUGCUCGCAUCGACAAGGCCCGUCUCUACAAUGUGCGUGCUCCCAGCCUUCGAUCCUCUAGCUACCAGAGGUGCUCCGUCCUCAGGGAGUCUGCUCAGGCCAUCGAGCAGCGGCUGAUGAAGAUUGACCACACAGCCAUCCACCCUCACCUGCUGGACAUGAAGAUCGGUCAAGGCAAAUAUGAGCAGGGAUUCUUCCCCAAACUGCAAGCCGACGUGCUCAACACGGGGCCGACCAAUAACAAGUGGUCUCAUAGGACAGCGACAGCUCAGAGAAGGAAGGAUCGCCACAGACAACAAACAGAGCAUCUGAACCUGGACAAUGACCUGAAAGAGAAGUACAUGCAGGAGGCCCGCAGCCUGGGGAAGAACCUGCGACAGCCCAAAUUGUCUGAUCUGUGUCCUGCCGUCAUUGCUCAAACCAACUGGAAGUUUGUGGAGGGGCUGCUCAAGGAGUGUCGCAUGAAGACCAAGCGUAUGCUGGUGGAGAAGAUGGGCCGGGAGGCAGUGGAGCUGGGCCAUGGGGAGGCUAACAUCACUGGACUGGAGGAGAACACUCUGAUCGCCAGCCUGUGUGACUUACUGGAGAGGAUCUGGAGCCACGGGCUGCAGGUCAAACAGGGGAAGUCAGCCCUGUGGUCCCACCUGCUGCACUACCAGGCUCGAGAGGAGAAGCUGGAGCAGCAGCAGGCCGAGUCACCAUUGUCACAUAUUCCUGAGAGAAGGAAGUCUGAUUGCUCCAUAUCGCUGUCGUGUCUCCGUGUGUCUCUCAUACAGGACAUGAGGCACAUCCGGAGCAUGUCUGAGAUUAAGACGGACGUGGGCAGAGCAAGAGCCUGGAUCCGUCUGUCCCUGGAGAAGAAGCUGCUCUCUCAGCACCUCAAACAGCUGCUGUCCCGACAAGCCUUAACCAAGAAUCUGUAUAAACGUUACGCCUUCCUGCGCUGUGAGGAGGAGAAGGAGCAGUUCCUAUUCCACCUGCUGUCGCUCAACGCCGUCGACUACUUCUGCUUCACUAGCGUCUUCACCACCAUCAUGAUCCCGUACCGAGUUGUCAUCAUCCCCAUCAAGAAGCUGAGUAAUGCCAUGACUACCUCCAACCCCUGGGUGUGUGUGUCAGGAGAGCUGGGAGACUCAGGUAUCAUGCAGAUCCCCAAGAACGUCCUGGAGAUGACCUUUGAUUCUGCUUUCAGGCCUCACACACACAUCUCCAUCUUGUUCAAGUGUCAGAACCUGGGGAAGCUGACCACAGUGCAGCUGGGUCAUGAUAACGCUGGUCUCCUGGCUAAAUGGCUGGUGGACUGUGUCAUGGUGCGUAAUGAGAUCACAGGACACACGUACAGGUUCCCAUGUGGUCGAUGGCUCGGUAAGGGCGUGGAUGACGGCAGCCUAGAGAGGGUUCUGAUCGGUGAGCUGGUGGUGCCCAGUGGAGAGGAAGAUUCUGGGAGAGGCUGCCGUACGCCCCCACCACAGCGCUCACCGUCCCAGACCAGACGCAUCAGCAUCACAUCGUUGUCUGGACGAGGAUCCAAACCAACGUCGGCCCAAAUCCAGGAGGCCAUUGGGGCAGCAGUGAACAACAUCGUCAAACACUUCCACAAACCAGAGAAAGAGAGAGGCAGCCUGACAGUGCUGCUGUGUGGAGAAAACAGCUUGGUAGCAGCUCUAGAGCAGUUCUUCCAUCAUGGUUUCAAGUCUGCCCGGCUCUUCCAGAAGACAGUGUUCGUGUGGGACUUUGUGGAGAAGGCUGUCGCCUACAUGGAGUCAGCUGAUCAGAUGGGGGAUCUUCAGGAGACUGCACAGCCCCUGGGGAUGACCUGUCAAUCACUCUGUCACUAUAUCAACGCCAUCAACUCCACCCCAAGGAGCAUCGGCAAGGACGGGAAGUUCCAGCUGCUGGUCUGCCUCGGAGCCAGAGACCGCCUGCUGCCCCAGUGGCUCCCCCUGCUGGUGGAGUGCCCGGUGAUCCUGCGGAUGUACGAGGACACAGCUCUUCUCAGAGACCGCACAACUGUUAGCGCCCUCAUCGGUGUCCUGGAGACGCUGCACGAUUUCCCCAUCACACUGGAAUCCUCGCUGGUCAAAGGCAUUGACCUUUAACCCCAGGAGAGGGACAGCUGUUAAGCCUCCAUCACCACCAGUUUCACCUACUCUGCUGUCUUUCAGCCAAUCGGCUCUGUGAUCAGACAGACAAGGGAGAAAGGAAGUGAGGGACAGCUGAGUGGCAUUAAAACUUAUUUGUUACCAAAGCAAAACGUUUCCACAGCUUCAUGUGAAAAUUCCGGACUACAGAAGCUUGGAUGUUGUAUUAUGAAUUAAAUUACAGCCAUAUCAGCUUUAUCAUGUUUUACUUCAUUACAGCAAAUCCCAGAUACUUUACAUCACUGUGUUCACUUUUCUAAACACACCAUCAGUUUUCAGACUUCCUCAGUCUCAGGUAUUCUUUGGUUUCAGUUCAGUUCAGUCUCUCACACGACUGUCUGAUUUCUCUUUUCUGCCUGUGGCUAUCAGUUCAUAGCUGAUUGUACCUGAUGAUAAAUCUUUAAAAUCACCUUUUCCAAAAAACAGCUCAUUAAUGUCCUUAGACAUAAGGUCUCUGUAGCUGUUAUCAAUCAAACAGGAAGGAGUAGUGCAUUUGUUGGGGACUAUUUUGAGCAGUAGAUGAAUUCACAUUUUCUGGAUUAUUUUUGGCAGCAGUACAGUGUGUGUGUGUAUGUGUGCGUGUGUGUGUAUGGGAUCAAAAUAACUUACAAUGUGUGUGUUCACGGUGAUGAAGGAACAUGUCAGUGUAACUGUGUCUCACUGAUCACUGAUGGAAACAGUGGAGCUCUAUGACAGUGUCACACACACAGAACUUCAUUCAGAUAUUCAGUAAGAAAAGAGAUAUUUAAUUUACACAAACGAAGACUUUCUAACAGCUCUAAAUGGCAUUAACGUGAUGUUAAUGUAAUUAAAUAGCAAAUAACAGCAAACUAAUUAAAGUUGAUUGACUGGGAUGAACUGAAACAGUGGCUGGAAGGAAGGAAGUCAGACUUACAUGAUGUGUCUUUAAAAGUGUGGUCACAGUAGCAGACCUUUCCCUGUGUGCUGUGUAGCCUCACUCUCCUCCAGUAGGUACAAGUACAUAAACUAUCCCUAUCCUCACAUGAUAGUUAGCAUUAGCAUUAGUGAGCAUGCCUUUGGGAUGUGGAAAGAAAAGACAACCUCAGGAAGAGACUUGAGCGAUCACUGAUGUAACAGAAGGAGGAUUAUAAAAGUGACUGUGACAGUGAUAGAGUCCUGAAACUCACUGACUACCAUACAGUGCAGGGCUGCGGACACACCAACUAUCCAUGUCUCUUUAAUUCACUGGUGUUUGCCACUCAACUCCCAGCCUGUUUAUGAACACAAACACUGACCUGAGUCAGGACGUUAACCUGUGGCUGCACGGACAUUCCUACCAAAGCACAGGCAUCGACCUGGCUGGCUGGUUUAAACCUGCUGUCUAAGUGUGUGUGUGAUAUCUCAAGUGUGUGUGAUAUAUCAAGUGUGUGUGUGUAUGCCCACCAAUUAUUUUUAUAUCUUCCAGCUGUAAAUUUUCAAAGUUAUCUAGUUGUGUGUGUGUGUGUGUGUGUGUGUUUGUGUGUGUGUGUGUGUGUGUGUGUGUGUGUGUGUGUGUGUGUGUGUGUGUGUGUGUGUGUGUGUGUGUGUGUGUGUGUGUGUGUGUGUGUAUGUGUGUGUGUGUGUGUGAAGUUUUGUUUCUUUUAAUCAGGAAAGCCUGGAGGAGAGAUUCAGAGUGUCUGGUCUCUUUAUGGACAUACUGAGUGAAUCCCUCCAUAGAUAAAAUGCAUCACUCAUGUCAAAUGGUGGAGGUUUAACACUUUCAGCUUAUAAAAAAAACCAUCAACUCAUGAAUCCAGAGUCUGCACCUCCCAAAGAUUUUCUCUUAACAAUAGUUAAUAUGAAACACUGUAUGUGGCACUUAAAAAGACAGAUUCUCAUCAUGGCAUUGUUUUACUGGAAGAGUUAAACAUUUAGGGAAGUACAUUCACUCACUCACUGAUGUCUGUGAGUCCAGAGCUGAGUCCAGUAACUUCCGCUGAACCACAAACUGUUAUAUUUACAGUUUUGUUUAUGUAAAUACAAAAAGAGCAGUGUUCAAGUUGUCAGUUAUUUCUCUCUUUGGACAGAGACUGCUCCUUCAGUUCACCUGACUUUGUCCUUAACUCACAGACAUGAGGUUGAUAUUGAUCUUCUCACUUCACUCUGUUUUAAAGCAAAACAACAUUAGUUAAAGCACAAUUAAGUGUUUCUGGUGCUUUUACGAGGAUAAGCAGAGGAAGUUCAAACUAACAUUGGCCAGGACUGUGUACAUGUCAUCUGUUAUGUUUUUAAAAGAGGAGGUUCAAUCCUAAAAAUUAGAAAUACAGGAGAUUUUGUAGGGGACUAUUUUCAGCAAGGUUUUAACACACAGGUGAUUCACUGAUUCAAAGUAAGCAUGUACUGUUGAUUUACUUGUUUAUAGGCUCAGUUCAUUGUUGGUUUGGGUCUUUAUCUGGGAUUUAUUGACAGUAAAAAGUAUUUUUAAUAAUAAUAUUAAUAAUACUGCUAAUUCCCAUAGUACAUGAAUGCAGCAUGAACUCUGGAGGGAAUGGGGUCUUACUCUUUUUUUCUUAUAUUAAAGACCUCAGUCCCCACCUCCUCCAAACACACAAACUGUAGAUUUUGUCUACAUCAGCAGCAUCUAACAGAGACAGGUAGGAACUGUAAUAACAGUUUUUUUCUUAAUCUGCUGCUGCAUGAGAUAUUUUACCACUGUUGCCACGUAGCGUUGUCUAACUGAACCCUUUCUGAGAAACAUUGUAAAUAUUGUCCUCAGUGCAUGUUGACCUUCUGUCUGAUGUGUAUUUAUUGUGGUUCUACUGAUUUCUAGUUGAACAAUGAGUUUUAGGUGUUCUUUUUUAUAACCCCAGGUCUUUGUAGGAUUUUAGCUGUUUCCUGCAUUGAGUCUGUGAAUGACAUGGUGUGACAUGGUUUUCUUUGCAUGUCUUGAUUUCAUGUAUUUAUUAAUUUAAUAUUAGAAAUGGUAGGCUGAGAGCAGCACUGGUAGGUUUGAGUUUGAUAAAGCCUGUGGAAUAACUGGAAACAUUUCAUGUCUCAAACAGUAACCACUAUUUCGCAAUGUUUAACCCUCUGUGCUUCGGCUGCUGUGUUCUCCAUGCCUCACCUGCAGCAUAACAGCUCCAUCUUACAUUGGAUUAGUUUGUGUACAAACUGAGGACUUGUGAUGUGGACUAUUGAGAUUCCUCCCUUGGCUGACGCACAGUUUAUUCACCGGGUGGAUCUGUUACGUGAACGUAGUGUGGCGAAUGGUAUUCACCCUGAAUGGAUCUGCGACAGGAAAUAUUGGACUGACGACUCUUUUCUGAUAUUUAUUAUGACUAUUUCAAUAAAAGCACCUUUUGUUUUAAAGUUUCUAUUUAUGUGUGUCCAUAAACUACACUCUAUGCAUGUACAGUUUGUCCACCUUUUAGAAACAUUAAAGUGAAAAAAAUCUUA